AUAACCAAUUCAAACCGUAAAGUGUAAACAUUAACUUUUAUAACAAUAGAAAAUAAAGGAAUAUAAAAAUAACGAAACAUUGUUUUUUAAGGUACACAUGUGAGACAACUUCUAUUCUCGCUCGUUACAAUGUAGCUGGGAAAUUUGAUAAUUAUUUGUGGAAAAUUGGAAGAUUUUAGGAAACUAACUAUAAUAGUAUAGUUUUGGUUGGUGAUUAAUAUUAGUUCUUCAGAUAAAAGUAUUUUUUUUUUUAGAGUAACAAAAUGAAUAUGUACGUAAGUUGUAUUAAAAUUCUAGGCCAACCAAUUCUUCCGCCUUUGAUGACUGAUGAUAUUCGAUCUGAGAUGACGUAUUACAAACAACUGGCAAUUGCAGUUGAAGAAAAAAUAUCAAGAGCUUCCCUAUCAAGUCUCGAGGCAUCACCAGAAAAUUCAAAGGAUAAUUCAACAUCCAGUAUAUCGAAAGAAACACGAACAGAAAAGAUUUUCCAUAAAAAUUGUAUUCCCGAUGACGAUACCAGACUGACUGAUAUAAACAAAUAUCCUUCAUAUAGAUCUCAUUCGUUAAAGACUGAGCUAAAAGCAUCGAAAAUGACUUCUGAGUUUGCUAAGUCUCAAGUUCCGACGAGUCUAGAUAUUGUUCCGAUUACACUAAAUAAACCCCAGAGGAGAAAACACAAAUCAUUUUCAGAUAUUGAUGAUUGUGUUACCGAACCAGCUACACUUGUUCGGCAAGGUUCAUACACAUUAGAAACACCCAGUUCAAUGUUAUUGGCUCAUUUGGAUAAUUCUAAAGAUUGUCAGAAUAAUUUUCAAGAUGAAUUAAAUUUUUAUACACCUACAAUUUCAAAAAAUAAACAAAAACGAAAGGAAUGGAAUAUAACACAAGCAUUAAAUAAUUGGACAGUGAAAAAUAAAAAAUCAAUCUACAGAGAAAUAAAGUCUGAAAAUGAUUCAAUACCUCAGAAAAAAACAUCACUUAAUAAUUUCAUUGAUGAAAAUAGUUUAAUUGUAGUUGGAAAGUCUGUUAAUUGUAUACAGCAUAUCUUGUCAAAAGACACCACUUUAAAAGAAACAAGUAAACAACAUAAAUUAAUUGACUCUGAGCAUAAUUCUUUUGAGACUGCUAGUAGUAUUGAAAAUCAAGAUAUAGAUCGAACGCAACUUGUUGGAUCCCUCGAAACAUUAAGUGAAAAUGAAAAUAUUUCAUUUAAAAAUAAACAGAUUGUUACAGAUAGAAUGACAAAAAGUCUUGAUAUUUCGUCAUUUAAUAACGAUAAUUCCAAAAGAAGUACUAAACGAGGGUUGACAUCUCAGAGAUUAUUACAUGUUUUUGAAGAAAUUCAAAAGACACAUGAGAAACAAAUGGUUGAACUUGUUCAACGUCAAAAACAAGAACAAGUAUUGAUGCAAAAAACAUUUGAGAAACAACAACUUAUGCUGUUGGAUCAAAUUGAUAAGACAUUUCCAGGAAUAUCUGUUCAAAAAAUAGUUGGAGAAUUAGCAGAAAAUAAUAAAGAAUUUAACGAAAGAUUCAUAAAUAAUAAGCAAAUGAUAUAUAAUGGAAAUUUGAAUGUAUGCGAAUCAAAUUUAGAUAAUCAAGUAUCUGAGUUUGCAUGCCAAUCUGGUAAUGAAUCAACUAUAUUUAAUGGAAGUUCAUUUAAUUCAGACGGCAAGUCUUCAAUAGGCGUUAAUCUAUCAGGAGAAAAAGAAAAUAUUAAUAAUCCAAAUUCCAACGAACGAAGAAGACCAAGUUCUAGUAGACAGUUAUUUCCAUUAACAAGUCAAUCAAAUAGAGUUGAUACUGGCAGUUUGCAUUAUAAUCAAAAACAUGUUCAAGCAGCAACGAUAAUCAAUGCAUAUGCAAAAGGAUAUCUAGUCAGAAGGUUGAUGAAAACCGAACGAGUGGUUGCAUUAAAAAAUACCUACAAAGAGGCAUUACAUUAUAUGUUGAAAUUGCAUAUUGAUGCACCACUAGAAUUACCUGAACUUGAAUUUCAUCAACGACUUCAACUUCAAUGUGAUGCUUCAUCUAUAAAUAUGGUCGAAUUAUUUUCUCAAAGCCCAGCCAAAAGAAUGAAAAUCAUAUCUAACGAUCGUCAAAUACAACAAGCAAAAAUGGAACGUUCAACUUCAGCUAGGUCGUCGAUUUCAUUUGCAACACAACAAACUUUAGCCAGGAAAAAACUUAGAGAAAUAAGAAUGAACUGUCAACUGCCAAAUACUGCUAGAAGUACAAUACGUUCAAGAUGUCAAACGUGGACAUCAAAUAGUCGCGAAAAACGUUCACCAUGCGUUAUUUCAACUGGAAUUAAACGAAGUACCAGUGCUGGUGCUGUUAGAAAACCUUGGCGUUAAUAAGAAGAAAAGUGCCUUAACAUACAUAACUUACAGAAAGAAUAUGAUGAAAUAUAAAACCAUUAAAAUAAGAAAUAAAUUUUCUGUUUAGUACAAAUAUUAAAUUUCGUAUUUUCCAAUAAAAUAUAUGCCUUAAGUGUAUGAAAACACUGAAAAACAAACUUAAUCAUUACUUCGAUGUGUUGUCAGAGUACUUCUACGACAAAAAAAAUAAACCAAUUUAUUAAUUUAAAUGAAAAAAAAAAAAA